AUGCUAUCCAAGAGGCUGGCUCAAUCCGGUAAAGGCCAUGGCAGCGUUGGCAAAAAGGUCAGACUCGCAGAUGGUGCACUAUUGGAGACCAAGUCAAUCGAAGAACGAGCCGAAUCUUUUCGACUAAUGACCGUGCGGUUUCCCAUCGACGAUACCACUCCCGAAUGGAGCACAGGCUGCAACCGGGAUGUUGAUGAGAAACACGCCAAACAGCUAUGUCAACUGUUCGAGGAAUAUGGGCUGGACCGACUCGACCGUGCACACCGUCUCUGCCUGUUGUGUAGCGCGCAAGAUGUACGAGCCAUGUGCCAACGUCUCGACAUUGAUUGCAGGCCAAACGACCCUGGCGCACCUCUGCCGUCCUUCAUGGGAUGGAGUAGCGCAACCGCCGGCCACGCCGAGGUAUUGGCGGGAAAUCAUCGCAUCGCAGCCCUUAAAGCAUACUUGAAGAAGCAGAAGCUCACCAAUGGCGAAGACGAGCGAUGGUGGGUAUGCAAUAUCUUUGACAGAGACACUUUACCUCUUGAGCUGCAAAUCGAACUCCGUGCCAAUCGAAGCGGAACAGUCCUACCAGACACACACGGUCAGAUCUGGACAGAGCUUCGCACAUAUGCUGAACAGGAUAAAAGCAGUACGAUGUUCAGCGGGGCAAGGGGAGCCAUCGAGGCGCAGAUGAGCCGAACGCUGAGGUUGAACACCCGCGAGCAAUUCCCGGUUCGUCGUCUGGCGAUCCUCUGGAAGAAUGACCGCUGGCGGACAUUUAUCACUCAGAUUUGCAGUAGGAGAGCCGGGAAAGAACUGUUCAAUAUAAGCGUAUUCCAAAAGCUGUCAAGUUACCGCAUUGACGACUACCUGUUCGAGCGGAUCGAAUCCAUCACGCGACCGAUCGAUAUAAUCUGGAACGAGUUUGGCAUCGAGCUUGAGCUGGAUAGAGACUAUACUCGACUCUCUGGGCUGCACCGACGGUGGAAGCCACGGGAGCUCUUUUAUCCCCAAAGCCACGACGACCUUGAUAUCAACGAAGACAGUCCCCGGCACUCGCAGUUUCUAUCGCACGUUGACCACUCAAAGUAUCAUGCGCUCUAUCGGUAUCUGGUCGAGUCUGGGAGUGAACUCUCCUUCCCUAUGGCCCACGAGUUGCUGAAAUCGCUGAGUUCUCGUGGUAAGACGAUGCAGGCUGUCAUGACGCACGUCGUUAUGUGGCUCAACAACGACCUUGCGACCGUCAACGACCGAGAGGGUAACAAGCCACCUCUUGUUGAGGAAGUUCUCCCGACUAUGUCGGGCAUGCUCGAGACGGCGGUUGGAAAGGAUCCUGGUCCGGCUGCCAAGAUGAAGGUGCUGGAGCUGCAGCGAAGAGUCCUAAUGUUCGUCGAGAAGAAUGCUGCAGCCUUCACGGAAGACGACCUUUCUGCUCUCCCGGAGGAUGACGUGGAGCCGGACGCAUAUCAGGAUAGAUUCCGGCGAGAGGGUUGGAAAGAUGUUCUGGCUCGAGUGCGGGAGGUUAUCGGGGAUCGCCUUCGAAAUCCUUGCGUGUCGGGCCUCAAUACCGAACUCAUUAAACAACAGCUGCAGCCAGAAAAGCCAAGCCUUGCAGAAAGUCUGCAAAAUGUCAUUACUCAACACUCCGAAAUUGUCCGUGAUCCCAAGCUGGAGAGACCAGAAGCGAAAGAGGCGCUGCGAGCUAUGAUGGAGAAGACCGUAGAUCAGUGGAAGCAAGAGUAUGGGCAGUGUGGAAACGGACUCCGAGCACAAGAGAAAGACAGAGAACCGAUCGCGGCUCGGCAUGGGCGUACGAGAUGGAGCCUCUUUGUGGAGUCCAGCGAGUCCGAGAGUAACCAUGAGCCGCCCCGAGCUCCUGUAGCCCGUAUGGGCCCGUUGAGCCCACGCACGAAAAGCCAUGGGUCUACUACGCAGCCGUACGGUCAGGGGCAGCCCAGCACGACGGCAUGCUCUUUGGGUGAAGACAACGACCAGGCUGAGCCUGAACUGCCACCGGCCCGAAAUCGCAGCACGGACGAGGCAAUUACGGGGCCGGCAAGCCUCCGCCCUCAGCGCAGGGAAGCCGCAUUCGUGAAUGAACGCAAGGAAAGGCUCCCGAAAGCACGUACUUCUGCUGCAACGCUUCCGACUGGCCGCUCAUCGAAGCCUCCUAGCAAGGGCCAACAGAAGGGCGGAUGGAGGAGCCGCCCCCCUGCGCGAUCCGACGAUGAGCUCAGUGGCGAUGGGUUCGAUGCGCACGAAGAGGCAAGCUCAGUCGUUGAAGACGCCAUCUAUGGAACCACGAGCCAGGAUGCCAAUGCUGGCGGUGAGACCAGCGUAGACUCGUUCCGCAUCGAUCACACCCGAGGCGAGCAUCGAUUACCAAUGAACGCCUUCCUUCGUCGCACCGCAGCUACCGACCUGAGUCCUACACAAGCCAUCAGCUGGCUCCAGCACAAGUACACAUUCGAUUUCGGUAGUCGAACAGCAGGUUCACGGCAGUGUACAGCAGAUGAUAUACUCAUCCCUACCUUCUACCUCGAUAUGAUCGCUCUCGUCGGUCGGCCGCUGAGACCCAUUGUGCAUCGGAGCGACCGGUUCUUUGACAACGUAACCAUCAGCUUCCAGAAGUGGGCCGCACCCUACCGAGCGAAACAUGUCGAGGGAGGAAUCGGCUUCGAUCUGCGACACCGCACUUUUCGGAUAGCAUCUGGUUCGACACGAGAAUCUUGGUUCAUUGUGAUGCAUCCUGGGCUAGCCAUUUCAGAUAUUGACCAAUCGCGGGCAGAUGCCGAAGCCUCGAUUAGAAAUAGUGCACUCGAGGAGAGACACGCCCGGUUCCUGGUGGAGUACAUCAAGCAUGUAUUUCUAUGCGAAGAGUUGGUCGGGGAGGGUAUUGAAGCCGCAUGGCGCCUGGGACAGUCCCGAAGCGACAACAUCACCUUCAACAAGUGGGCCAUAUUCCAGCAUGAGUUCAUGGCAGGUUGGUCCGAGUAUGUAGCUUCGCAAACAGCCGAUCCGUUUUGGACAGAGAACCGACCCGCCUUCCAUGCAUACGACUAUGGUGCCAACAUCAUGCUCGAUGUCACCCAGCAGAUAGCAGACCUCGACAAAGAGGAGCCCAUGCAGAACACGAUGGACGAUUAUCUGAGCGAUGGCGAACAAGUCAUUGCACCUGAUUCCUCCGCCCCCGACCAAACAGUUGACGUCGACGUCGAUAGUCCUCUCUACCCCGACGGGCUCCGCGACCUUCGAACGGAGCUCGAGGCUAAGUUCGACCUCGAAAACAUCUGGUCCAUGUCGUACGCUUUAGCCGUGGAUUUAGGCUGUCUCGACGGCGAGAUGGCGGACGUGGAGGCUAUAGAUCGCCCAGCUCGCUGCAUGCUCGGCAACCGCAAUGCCAUAAUGCAGGAGUUCUCCCGCCAGCGUGACUGGACGUUCUAUCCGAUUGCUUUCAGCCCUGUGUACGGCAACUUCACCUCAAAUCAGCCUCCUGAAUUUCUGAAGCAGAACGUACUUACGGUGAUGCGCAACAACCUCAGCGUACGCAAUGAAGGAGUCGACGCACUAUCUUGUGGAUACUUCCAGGCAUACACCAACAUUAAACGUUCCGUCCCGCAGAUGAAAGGCAUGCGGACACCGGAGGACAGCGACCAGUCGCGCCCCUUCGCUCGAGAGGCACAACGAGUGCGGGCCGCCAUCGAGGGAGAAGAUUUCGCCUUUCGCAUGGAGCAGGUCGUGAAUAUGCAGGUAUCCAAGCUCUGCGACGAACGCCGGACAUUCGCGACCAUUCUCCAUCCCAUUAUGCAGCUCAUGCGCUUCUAUUUAAAGGAGCCGCAUCAAUACCGCCACAUUUUACACACCUUUAAACCGGAGGUGUAUCCUGGGGUUCUACGCGGCUUCAGCUCACUGUUCGAUAAGGCCAUGGUUGGUCUGCAAGAGAAGAGCCAGCUCAUCAAACCGGACACAUGCAAUGUCGCCAUCGCCGAGGCUGCAGCCGCGUUUGAUCGCCUGGGAAGCUACCUUUUCACGGGGAAUGCCAAAGUGGUGGGCAACAGCGUCUUUCGGCAUCUCGGCACCACGGACUCGUUGCGCUAUGGCGGAUGGCCGUACGUCGACCCCGGCGUUCUGAAUGUGGAAGACGAGAGGGCCUCGAUAAAUAAGGCUCGGUGGCCACGACGUAAGGACGGACAGCCGGCGCUCUUGCACCCAGCCAUCCUUGAAUUCCAUUACGGCAAGCACAUCGGAGCUACCCGUCAGAGCAACGUCUGGCUGCACGACUUUCGAGGCAUGGAAGUGGCCGGCCGAAACAACGCGAGCAAUCUCGUGGUCGACAUAUUUAGACACAUGUGGGCGCCGCAGACGAUGGAGUUCAUUAGGCGAGCAGUGGAACGGCUGUCGAAGAAGUGGUUGCGUACAUCUGACACCACACGCAGUGAUGAGGCGCUUCGGAAGCUCGACGUCUGGCUACUGACCGAGCGCCCAUUUUCGUGGUCGGCGUACAGUGAAAUGAUGCCUAUUCUGUCGAGCGAGACCAGUGAUGAGGUUGAGUCAGCUAAAUCACGACGGGACGUCGCCAAAGAGCUCUACGAAGCGGCCAAAGAGAACUCAGACAAGAUGCGACGGCGAUGGACGACCCAAGAGGCAUCAUGGCUCUCUGUGCUCAGUAGCGCCAUCUGUGCGACGGACACUAAAGUGGUCAGCGAGGAGCAAUGGGUCGGAGCGAUUUCGUCCGCGAUGUUGGAAUGUAGUCUCGAAGCAAUGCCAGCGGCAUCGCGCGGGAAGCUUAGCAGUGGUGUUGUGGUCCGACUGGUGGGAAUGGCACCAUCGAAAGCAAUGUUGGCCACCCGUCCUGGUACGCUGAAACGUGCGGCGGUCGAGGCGAACGAAAAGGCCAAACGGCCACGACUGCAGCAGAGAGUUGAUUUCAGGUGCGAGAUCCCUUUCGUGCGCAUCCCGAAGCUCAUUGAUGAAGGACUGCGAGUGCAGGACAAGCUGUUUGAAGGAGGGGACCAGCGGGUGCGGGAGCAUUACUGUGCAGUACGACACUGCCUAGAUGGCUGCCUUGGAGAUCCUUUGUGCGACAUGAUGCUGAUGCUCUCCCUAACGCUAGCGUCCUGCUCCAUAACACCAGCCGCGAGCGACGACGGAUUCCAGGUCGGUAAGAGGAAGGAUCCAAAGGUCUUUGUCGUCAACCUUGUCACCCGGAUGCUGUGGUUCCUGAAGCCACAAGACUUCCCAUGGACAAAAGAGGAGGGUCGGGGAAUUAUGUCGGUACCGGAGAUGACCAAGAAAAUUGAGCACAAAGGAGCAAAUAACCGACUUCUACUACAAAUGGGCUGGGUACGAACUGUCCGGGGGAACCGUACGAACCCUCGAAAUUCGGAACUUCGGUUGACGGAUCGGUCACUGCUGAUGGAGGCCUACCGAGAGCUGUUUCGCGCCCAGUCUAUAUCGGAAAAACAGUCUUAA